AUGACAGUAAACAAGCUAGAUGUACAAACCCGAAAGGAAUGGGAGAAAUCGCUUAAUGCCUCGACUCAAAUCCCUCCUAUUGAAGAUUUGUUCAAAUUUUUGGAAUCAACUUUUCGAACAUUAGAAACUAUUUCUGAUCAGACUGAUUCAAGCCCUAAUGUUCCUUUUUCGAAACCAAAAACCCCACAACAUCAAAAUAAAAGUAGAAACAAUUUUCGACGUUAUGUAAAUGCUGCAAGUACCGACUACAACUGCCCCUGCUGCAAUAAGCGUCACCUUCUUUUCAAGUGUUUCAAGUUUUCUGCUUUACCAUCUUGUGAAAAAAGAGAUUUUUUGAAUUCAAAGCGAAUAUGUCGAAAUUGUUUAACCCCAGGCCACUUUAGUAACAAAUGUCAUGUAGCUUCUCGCUGUGAAGUCUGCAAACAAAACCACCAUACCACUGUUCAUAAUGAGUAUUUUAUAAAUCAUGUUUCUAAUACUCCGACCCCUGAACCUGUUAUACCUUCUCAAACAUACUCGUCUUCUCAAGGUAUUGAAAACGUUACCGCUCAUGUCGUUGACAAUAAUAAAACAUAUAACAGGAGGAAAAGGCCCCAAGUUCUCCUCGCUACGAUGCGUGUUGUUUUAAAAACCUCUCAGGGAGAUUUUGUUUUGCGUGCUCUUCUUGAUCAAUGUGCUCAAGCAACCUUUAUAACCAAAAAGGCUGCAGAUGCCUUAAACUUAUCUUAUAAAAUGAACUUUGUGGAAAUAUGCGGUGUAGGUGGAAACCAAUCUACUAUUUCAAAGCAAUACGUUAAUUUUGCAAUAUUCUCAAGAAUCGAAACAAAUUUUAAAAUAGAUUGCGAGACUUCAGUUCUUCCGAAAAUAACGGCAUAUCAACCUAUGGCUAUAAACGAAACAUUAUUACCGGAUUUAAAGAAAUUUUCAUUAGCUGAUCCUUAUUUUUCGAAACCUGGGGAAAUUGACCUUUUGUUAGGAGGAGAUGUAUAUGGAGAUAUCAUAUUACCUCAGCAACAAAAAUUUGAAAGUGGUUUAUUCUUACAACUCACACAUUUCGGUUGGAUAGUUUCUGGCCCCUCACAUGACAACUCAUCUGAGCACAUUAUCACAGUAAAUGUUUGUUCAUUAGAUAAGCAAUUGCUGUCCUUUUGGGGACAAGAAGAAUUGCUGGAAAAAAGAGCUUUGACAGAAGAAGAAAUCCUUUGCGAAGAACAUUUCAAAAGCACUACUUCUCGUGAUUCAUCUGGGCGUUACACCGUAUCACUGCCAUUUAAAUCAUUGCUUAAAGGCCUCCCGCUUCCAGUCUUUGGUCAUACGGAUUAUGCAGCACUUUCUCGUUUAAAGAAUGUUGAGUCAAAAUGUAAAUUGAAUAAGAACUUUGGAAAACUUUAUCUAGAUUUUAUGAAAGAGUAUGAAUGUCUCGGACAUAUGGAAAAGGUCGGUACCAAUCCACGUGAUUUAGAAAAAAAUGGUUUCUUUCAUGGUGUGUUAAGAGAGAGUAGUUCUACCACUAAAUUGAGGGUAGUUUUUGAUGGUAGCUGUAAAAGGUCUGCUCAAUCUUCCUUGAAUGAGGAACUAGCACCUGGUCCUGCAUUGCAAAAUGAUUUGCCCACAAUUAUAAAUCGGUGGAAACGUUUUAAAAUUGGGUUUCGGACAGAUUUGGAGAAGUUGUUCCGACAAAUACUUGUGGUACAGGAACAACGAAAAUUUCAACAAAUUUUGUGGAGAAAUUGUGGCUCUGAACAGAUAUCAAUUUAUAAGCUCUCAACGGUUACUUAUGGUACUACACCCGCUCCUUUUCUUUCGAUUAGGGUUUUACAACAACUAGCGUUGGACGAAAAGGAAAAAUAUCCGAUGGCAUGUAGUGUGUUCAAUUCAGAUACUUAUGUCGAUGACGUAAUUUCUGGAGCUGAUAGUCUAUCUGAAGCUUACCAUUUGCAUACUCAAUUAUGUAGUUUACUUAAUGAAGGCAAGUUUAAUUUACGUAAAUGGACAACAAACUCGAAGGAAUUGCUAGAAUUGAUUCCUGUAGACUACAGAGAAAAAUCUGAUAUAUUUGAACUAAAUCAACCUAAUACCGUAAAGGCUCUUGGACUCAAGUGGAACACGAUAGACGACUGCUUUUCAUUUAAGAUCAAUAUUGAAGAUACGUCAGUAGUUACCAAAAGAAGUUUACUCUCAGACUCAGCAAAACUUUAUGACCCUUUAGGCUGGCUUUCCCCUACUACAAUUCUGGCUAAAAUUGAAUUUCAAAAUUUGUGGUUGCUUGGCAUUGAAUGGAAUGAUCGCUUACCUGACGCUAUGGAAAAAAGAUGGUUAACACAUCGCGAAAAUCUAAAGUUUCUUGAAAGAAUUAAAAUUCCUCGUUGGAUCGGAACGUUUAAAUGUGGUUCAAUUCAUGGUUUUUCCGAUUCAUCUAAGUUGGUUUACGCGGCUGCUGUCUACGCUAAGACUAUUUCAGAUUUGGGUACAAAAGUGUAUUUAAUACAAGCGAAAACUAAAGUAGGUCCUAUAAAGCGGUUAACUAUACCUCGAAUGGAAUUAUGUGCUGCUACUUUAUUGGCUAAAUUAGUUGACAGAAUAACUUCUUCACUUGAUCAAGAUAUUUCAAAUGUUUAUUAUUGGACUGAUAGUACAACUGUACUUUCGUGGAUACGUGGUCAGUCAUCUAAGUGGCCCUUAUAUGUUGGAAACAGAGUGGCAGAAAUACAACGCAGAUGUCAUGCUUCUCAAUGGCGAUACAUAUCUACACGUGAAAAUCCUGCUGACUGCGCUUCCCGUGGUAUAUCUUCGAAUGAAUUGGUUGAACAUGAACUAUGGUGGCAUGGCCCUAAAUGGCUAUCGGAACCUGCAGAAAAUUGGCCAAAACAACCGAAACUAAAUCUAAAUGAAAUGGAUGAAGUUUUUAUUGAACCAACUUUAAAUAUGCACUCGGUUGUAGCUGAAAUAAAACAAUAUCCAGAAAUAUUAACAAGAUUUUCUUCACUUUGCAAAUUGAUACGUGUUACUGCAUACAUAUUUCGUUUUAAACACAAUACUCAAAACUAUAAACAUUCACAAAUAAAAGGUAACGGUAAGAUGACAGGGUUUCUUUCAACCGAAGAACUAAAAUUUGCUCGUUUAAGGCUUGUUAAACUUUCACAAGAGGUGGAUUUUUUGCAAGAAAUUUCUGAACUUCAUAAGAGAGGUCAAAUUAUAAAAAAUAGCGCUUUAGCUCAACUUUGCCCAUUUUUUGACUCCUCUCAAAUACUUAGAGUUGGCGGUAGAAUUCAAAAUUCUGACCUUGAUUAUUGUUCUAAACAUCCAACACUUAAAAAAGCAAAAUCCUUUGACUAA